AUGGCCGUUUGGAGCCAACUUAAUCCUAGCAAGCCUCAUGUUGCCUACUGCGUGCUCUCAGUUUUUGCGGCAUUCUACUCAGUGUGCUCGUCCAUAGUUAAGGAGAACCUCUACUUGGGCGAGGCGGUGCUGGCCGCCGUUUAUGGUCUUAUAAUGGGUCCGCACUGCUUGAAGUGGUUCGACCCGCUUUCCUGGCUGAACAACAACAAAAUUCUCACUUUGGAGAUCAGCCGGAUCCUCCUCUGCCUCGAUAUCUUCACGGUCGGGGUCGAGCUCCCGCAAAAAUACAUGUAUCACCACUUCUGGUCGGUGAUCUCGCUCAUGGUGCCAAUCAUGAUCAUGGGGUGGUUGGUGAUCGGACUUUUCAUCUGGGCCAUCUUCCCACACAUGAAAUUCACCUACGGGUUGCUCAUCAGCGCCACCAUCACAGCCACAGACCCCGUGUUGGCCCAGGCGGUCGUCGGCCAGGGAAAAUUUGGCAGAAAGAUCCCGGCCCACCUCCGUAAUCUUCUCUGUGCAGAAUCCGCCUGCAACGACGGCAUGGCAGUCCCCUUCGUCUACCUCGCACUCAACCUCGUUCUCCAUGCCGGAAACAGUGCCGAGAUCGCCAAGGACUUCAUCUGCAAGGCCGUGCUGUACGAAUGUGUCUUUGGAGUGAUUGUCGGCACGGCGAUCGGCUACUUGGGCCGCAAAGCAGCCCAAUUCUCGCACAAGCACGGCUUUAUCGACCGCGAGUGCUUGUUGGUCUUCUACUUCAUCCUCGCAGUCAUGUGUGCGGGCUUCUGCUCAACUCUAGGGGCCGACGACUUGCUCGCGUCAUUCGCCGCAGGAUGUGCAUUCGCCUGGGAUGGAUGGGUCGCCGUGAACACGGCCGACUCCGACGCGUCGACCGUCCUCGACCUGAUCCUCAACAUCUCCUACUUUGUGUACUUGGGCGCCAUCAUCCCCUGGCAGCAGUUCAACGACCGUGCCUUGGGGCUCGACAUCUGGCGGCUGAUCCUAUUGGCCAUCGCCGUGAUCUUUCUCCGCCGAAUCCCCGAGGCACUUGUCAUUCUUCCCUUCUGCCCGGACAUCAAAAGCUGGCAGGAGGCCGUUUUCGUCGGCCAUUUCGGGCCGAUCGGCGUCGGUGCCGUCUUUGCCUCCAUUUUGGCCAUCUCCGAGCUCCAGGCAAGCUCCAUGAACAUUCCCUCGGGCCACGGACCCGUCUCCGGCUGGCCCGAUGAGAACACUGCCCUGGGUUCUGAGCUCUACUACAUAAUCCGUGUCAUAUGGCCAAUCGUCUGCUUCCUCAUCGUCACAAGCAUCAUUGUCCACGGUUCGAGCCCCGCAGUCAUGGCUUUUGCGAAACACGUCCGUGCCGUCUCCUUCACAAAGCUCGAUCACGCCCACGAGCAGUCCCGCCAGAGCCAGCUCGCCGCCUCCUUCAACGGCGACGCGUCGAUCGACCGCACCCGCCAGCUCCUUGCCCGCUACUGCAUCUCCGACGAGGACCUGCAUCCUGUCCUGGACUCCGACGGAACGCUCAGAACCCCAUACAGGGGCUAUGAGGACGGCAAAAAUUUCAUCAUCGAGGACCAAUUUGGCGAAAUUAUGUCCACUUUGCCCGCCAGGCACCCCGCCCCACCUAAUUCCGACCUUGCCGCAAUCAGCCUGAACUCUCUCGAUGCUGUUUCCAGCAUCCACCGCGUGAAAACUUGGACCUCCAGUAUUUUCGAAAUGGUUGCAUCCAAGGUCACCCGCCGUCACCCGCCGGACUCCGGGCUCCAAUUGCAUCCCUAUUAUGCUUCUGCCGUCCCCAAUACGACCGACACGAUUCUUGAUUCGUCGCACUUGAAAAAUUCUCCGGCCACCGUCUCCUCGAGAGUCCGACGCGACGACUCCUCGGACGAUGACGACGCGACAAUCGACUCGUCUGCCUGCUCGCAGUCCCAUACCGACGCGUCGGGCCUCCAGGUGCACCCGCUCGUUUCGCAGUCUGUUUCUGUGCCUUCCGUUAGAAUUUCCUCUUUAGGCAACUCCCUAGAGCUCUCGAAACUCUCAGAUGGCUCUUUUUCCGUUAUCGGGUCCAACGGCGUUUACUUGGGCACUAUCAAGCCCAAUCAUAACGCAGGAUCCGUCUAUGCACAGGCUGUCGAACUUUCCAGAAUCCAGGACCAGGUCGAUGCUCUCAAAGGGCAACUCAGUGAUCUUUCCAGCAAUGUGCUGUCGGCAUUUUCCAGAAAGGACAAGACCAACUGA